GUCUGACCAAUAAGGCGGAUAUUGCAGUUUUACCUAGUGCACAUGCCCGAUGUCGUCAUAGGGAAAACACUCUCGUACUGCCUCAUAUCGCAUCCCUGACAAAAAUGGAUAAGCGCAGGCUGGGAGUCCGGACUGAUGCGAAAACAUCAAUAUUAAAGAAACUUGAUGGAGAAAACUAGAGGAGGCCCUUUAAAAUGACACGCACAGACCCACCUGACAUACUGGUUUCAACUGUGCAUCGUGAUAUAAAAGUGAUUCCCAUUUCUUCACACUACAAGUCCUUGCAAAACUCCAAACAAUGUGAUUCUAUAAAUUACAACACACUGGAGGACAGUAAGAACAAAGUCAGUAAGAGGUACUGCCGUAACUUUGACUAUAAGUCAUUGGAGUAUCCAAAAUCACACAAGUACUCAAUGGAGUCCCCAUACAAGAAGGUUGAUAGGCAUGCAGGCAACCCAGAGGCUGCCUGGAAUGCCUUGGGCCACCAACAAAGAUACCGCUUUUCUGCUCCAGAUAUUUUCAGCCACAGGUUAACGCCUCAAAUGAUGGCUUCUGAUAUGGCCAGUGAAGUACCUGCCCAAGAACAUAAAAGAAGGACUAGGUCAAAAAGUGCCCCUCGUGUUCAGACCUGUCUGACUCCUGUGUCUUUUGAGGGGUUCUCAUCUUCAGGGAGGAAGGGCAGGGAGAGCCAAAGGACUUCAAGAGACUCUCGCUGGAGACCAGAAGUAUCACCACGUAGGGAGUCUUCCUACGCAGCAACUAGGGCUCACAUGCAUGAAGUACAUCCCAUUAAGCUGCAGCCUCAAAUAGGGGACAGCAGCAGAUAUUCGCCUCACUAUGCUGCUGAUUAUUCUGUGGAGGGAGGACUAGAAAAACCAGCAACAAGUCCUCACGUCCGGUGUAGGGUGGACAUUAAACCUGAUGAUGAAGCAUUGCAUUGUUCCGGAAGGAAACAGGACACAGCUCAAGUGGACAUACCCUGGCAGAGACACCACAGCGCAGGGAGUAGGAGUCUAACCGUGCCACGCCAUUUCUCUUAUUCAAGAACACCAACUCCGACUGACUCCUUAGGUACAGCGAGUAGGCAAGCUUAUCAAUAUUCCCGUAGCAUGCCAAAUACUUACCUACAACCCACGGAGAUUCACUUGCAAAGAAUGCCUUCAUCAAGUGAUUACUAUGGAAGGGAACGAAGAGCUCAUUCCAGUCCUAAUGUGCCAACAAAGUUUUUUUAUGCAGAUGAUCCAGCGAGAUAUGUUACCACCACUCUUGCUCAGCAAGGUUCCUACUUUCACAAUGAGCAUUUAACACCAGGACAAACAUAUUCUCAUACUCCUAAAAUGCAAUAUGUACAAGAUCCAAGGACUCGAACAGUGCAUGCUGUGGCUACAAGACCGUUCUAUCCUGAGGUGGAACAUUAUCCAUUCUCUGUCCAAGCGGGGUACCCCAAACACUAUGCAGCAAACGAACCAGGUCCAUACAUUAUACAGACACCUCCAAGUAGAAUUUUCUAUGGUGAUGAUCCAAGGUCUUAUCAAAUCCAAACUGCUCCACCUAGGUUUUAUUAUUCCAGUGACAUGUAUGCAGUGCCGCCAGAGCACCAUAUCCCUGCAAGGGCAUAUUACACUGAGGGCCGAAGGCAUGCUAGAGUCAUUCAGGCACAACCAGAGGACUGGUAUGGCUCAGACGCAUCUGGUUAUUCCACCAAUCCUGCUUCUUAUGUAUCUCAAGUUACUCCGACCAGAGUCCAGCAAGAUCCUGCGUUAACACCUUGGUACGCCAGCCCAUGUGUGGCAUCCCAGAGAAUUGGUACUGAUUCCAAAUCCUACUCAAGGUCUUGGGACAAUAUUCUCAACUCUCAUGUAGAGAGGGAACAGCCUCUUCCUGUUCAGCGGGGUCAGAGUUAUGAUGAUCUUUUGGACUCCAGGAAGCCUGCAGCCAGCAAAGGUGAAAAACCCCAACCAGUGGUGGUCAAUCUCUCCAGUUCACCACGACGUUACGCAGCCUUAUCAAUGUCUGAUAACUCACUAAUUGACAAAAGCCCGACAGAGUCAUCGAAGACCACUGCGAGUAAACUGUGGUUUGUCACCCCUGAGAUAACAAUCACAGAUAAUGACAUACGACCUGGCAGCCUUAAUAAGCCAGAAGCACGGUCUGCCAGUUGGGACAUUCUUAACUCCAGAAGCACAGAAGGUCCUGAACUGUCGCAACAUGAUUUUGAAAGCUCAACCAAAGAGAAGACACAUGACAACGCCUCACUGCAACAAAGCCUUGAACAACUUGAUGAGCUUCUGGCAGACCUUGUGACUGACUACAAACCACCUAGUAGACGGGCCAGCGAAGACAUUCUAGAUCAGUUAAAGAAGUUGAUUGAUGAAGAAGAAGCAGUAUCUCUUUCCAGAAAAGGCUCAAAGGUAGGUUCAGAAGAACCAGCCCCUUUCGACAAGCAGCCAACCUCAAUAAGAAUUAAUCCAGAUGCUUUCCAAGAUAUGGAUGGUGCUAGUGAUGCAAUGAAGAGUGCAGAGGAGUGCUCACCUGACCAGAGCCCAGAUGAGGAUGAUACAAUGAUGUGCUCUAACAACAAAUGCCGGAGAACAGAAACCAUGUUUAAUGCUUGCCUGUAUUUUAAAUCCUGCCACAGUUGCUACACCUACUACUGUUCUAGGAACUGUCGCAGGGAGGACUGGGACAUUCAUAAAGAAAGCUGCCUGUACGGAAGAAUUGGCAGCACGUGCCGUCAUAUCAUCAAACACUGCCGGGAGACUGUUGAGGUCCAUAAAGCCUUCUCCCGUAUUGCCAAAGUAGGCUACCUUUCCCGAGGCAGGGGAGUUCUCUUCCUUGGUUUUCCAAAUCCUGCAGCAUCCAGUAACUUCCUGCAGUAUGGCCUGGAUAGUCUUCUUAUGUCUCCCACAUACCUGUCACUUCGAGAGCUUGAGAGUUUUAAGGACAACCUAGGGGAGUAUUGUAAGGAGCUUCAGGAGGCUGGUAAGGAGUAUGACCCUAACGAAUGUUUCAUCUUGAAUGUAUCCAUUGCUGUCGGUGAGCAAUUGCCUGGUGGGCCAUCACCAAGAAACCAAGCUCCAACUGUCAGAAAAUAUGCAAAGGUAGCACUAGCUUCCUUUAGCCCUGAGAGAAAGGUUCACAAGAAGGAGAAUGACAUGGAAACACUGAUUCUCACUCCACCCCCAGGAACAGCAGAUAUUGACAAAGAGGGAGAGGAAGGCAGGAAAGCCAGGGAAAUCUGUUUUAUCAAUAUACAGCGAGAGUUAAGAAUACGAGGAGUUUUUUUACGCCACGAAUACCCAAAGGUGUACCAGCAGCUCUGUGAGUUUGUAGAGAGUAACAGAAGGUUCACACCCACAACUAUUUAUCCAAUUGAUAAAAGGACUGGUAAACAGUUUAUGUGCAUGAUCAUGGCUGCCUCUGAGCCCAGGACACUGGACUGGGUCGGCACUCCGCAUCUUCUUGAUGAUAUCAUUUAAGUGCACCUUUGUUGUUGAUAUGUACAGUAUACAACAAAACACAGUAGACCUGAGGGUCAACACGAAUAAAACAUUAAGUAUAAACGAUAUCAUCGACAUUUAUCACAAAGUCCAAAAGAACGAAAAAGAGAGUAAUUAACUAAAUAAAAAUGGUUCACUUUCAUUACAUUUUUUUCUUGAACAUGUAGUGUUUAACAUCAUAUACCCUAAACUCCUUAACAUACAAUAUAUAAUACAAUCUUUGUAAGAUGACAUUAUUUGAAAUCAUUUGCAAUUCUAAUAAAAACUGCAUAGGCAUAAACUAUGUUUUGUUGUAUACUGUGUAUAAAGAAUAUAUAUAUUGCUACACAAAUUUAUACUGUAUCAACCAGUUACAAACAUUUGUAGAUAAGUAUUUUGUUAUCAAAAUUAUAUAUAUUCAUGUCUGCUUUUUCAGUAUUAUUCUUCAUCUGAAUAUUUUCUGUCACAUGCAGACUAGAAAAAUGAAUACAGUAAGGACUACAUGUAUUUAAGUUUUUUUAGGUAAAAAAGUACAUACUUUCUAUCCACUACGUCAUUUUUCCGUAUCUGGGUCAUGCACUGUUACAGUUCAUUCAUUUAGGUAGAGUUUACCCAAACUCACAUUUUGGUGUGUGGUUUUUUUAAAUAACUAAGUACUUUCUAUUUGCUCUGUGGAGCUCUUUUAAUCAGAGAAUCAGUUUCUGGAACAAGUACAACAUAACUAUUUUUCAUAUGUCACUACAAUAGUAUAUCAUGCAGAAAAUGAAAAUGAAAUUAUUUUAUUAGCUACACGCAGUAAACACUGUCUAUGCAAAGUUGCUUGCAAAGUAGCACAUUCUUGUAAAAGGAUAUAUAUGUAUGUAUGUAUGUGUGUGUGUGUAUAUAUAUAUAUAUAUAUAUAUAUAUACGUGUGUAUGUGUAUACUGUAUAUGCAUACAUGUACACACAUGAAAGGGUUAAAAUAGAUGGUUAAACAUUUGGUGGCAGCAUCAACCAUCAAUCAAAAAAAUUGUGAAAAUAAAAAUAUACAAAACAGAUAGUUGUGCUGUAUAGGCACAUCGUUUUAUGUUGAUAAAGUGUAAGUACUGUAGUGAUAAAUAAUAUGUCCUGACUAUAAUAUAAUACUUUAGAUAGAGACUGUAUUGAGAAGUUCUUCAACUCUGAUUCGUAGAGUUUCUGUGCUGAACUUGAAAGCAGCAUCCCCCUUUGGAGAGUCAAAUGGUGCCAGUUACAAGCCAUGCAGUCGACGUGGGCCUGUACAGUUUGGAUUUAAACACUGUGAAUAGUGACAGUUGCCUACUAUAAAAACAAAUCAUGCAAUUUCCUAUACCACUGACAUCAACAAGUUGUAUUUUUAGAUAUACAAAUAAAAAUAUUUGAAUUAGCAGCGAGCGUUAUUGUCAUUAAAAAAGGUGCGCCAGAUCUGGCACAGUAGCUGCAGUGUGUGAGACAUGCACUGGUUUAGAAAGGCUUCAGAACCUUUCACUGUUUGCAUUGAGCAGUAGACAUUUUUUAUUUUUAAUCCAUACUCUGUAAACAAUAAUGUGAGAAAACGAUUGAAAAAAAUAUUUGUACAUUUAUUCAACAAGACCUUUAGUUCAGUUUUUUCUCCUUAAGAUUGUUUCAGGUGACUGUGAACUGUUACUUUCAGGUGUCAUUAAUGUUUCAUAGAUUUGGAGUUUAGACUGGGGCUGCUCUGUGUGAGGACGGAGAGGAUUGUGUGAGGCCUUAGCUUUGGCUGCUGCUGUGCUGAAGACGAAACCAUCAACCAAGUUGGACUAAAACCAUUGUGAAUCUGACCAUUGUCGCUGUGGCCACUUCAUAGCAUGAUGCUACGUCAGCGCCACACAACUGUGGGGGAGCGUUAGCAGAUGGUGAACAGGCUGGUGUUCAGACAAAUGUUUUACCUGGCUGGACAUUCGCUCCUGGUGCUUCCAGACCUCUUCCUUUUAAUUAUUAAUGGCACUUUGCUCUGGACAGCUUACUUCUGUGACUAACACGAUUCCUAUUGACAAAGACCUGUGCAUUGUUAAGAAUUGCCACUGUUAGUUCAGUUUGGCACAGAUGGACUAUAAUUAAAGCCUCUGUUACAGUACAGAGACUAAAAAGUAAAAGAAAUUAACCAAAAAGAAACUAUUUACCUUUACAGAUUUAUGGGCAAAAACAAUCAACAAAAUCUAUAACAAAAACUGAAAGAGAAAAGCUUUGGUAACUUGCUGGAGGCACUUAAAAGCUCGAAGACAUUAGUUGUGUAUUUGUGCUGCACUUCUUUUAUUACAUGUGAUUUAUAUUGUCAGUUUCUGAACCAUUCUAUAUCUCAAAUUCCAGCCAGCACAUAUAGUGAUUUAAAAGUUAUAUUUAGCUAAAAAAAAAAAAGCACUAAAGGUUUAGUUCAUGUUCAGACCCCUCUGACAAAUGACUCGUUUCAUGUGAUGAUGGUGAGGUGCAGUAAGGGUUGAAUAAAGCUGUUCCCAUAAUCCAUCAUGCCCCAUUUAAAGCGUCCCUCUUGUAAUAGCAGAUUUCCUUAGUGUUCGUAUCACACACAAUGAAACUUGAAGCACAUAUAUAAAUAUAUAUUUACAUACCAGUUCCACCUAUUUGGCUCACAGGGGAUGUACAGGUUCCGUGAAAAGUUGCUAGUUGCAUGUGUUUCUGUUUUCUUUGCUCUGGUUUCAUUUAACACGUCACUGAUGACAGCAGCUUGCUCAACGGAGGGCUGACAGUGAGCUCUACCAUGCUGUUUGAGAAAAAAAAGGACUUUUCCAUUUAUGUCAGUGAUUCAGAUGAAAAUAUUGUGUCAAAGGCUAUGAAAAAGAGACCUCAUAAAAUUAUCUAGAAAAUCCUGUAAUCUUGUAUUUUUUAUACUUUUAACAUAUGUGUCUGAGUGUGUCUAUUUAUAAACCAUAUCUAAUAAAUGGAAUGGAAACCUC